AUGAAUAACUGUUUGGGAUUACAGUCAUAUUAUACUCACUUGAUUGAGGACUACCAGGCUCUACUGUCACAGAAGCUCAUGACUAAGUCUCGUCUUGAGGCUCAGAGAAAUGAACUUAACCUACGUGUAAGAGAGCUGAAAGAUGAACUACACAGCUUACUUGAAUCAGGCUCCUUUGUGGGCGAGGUUGUCAAAUCUAUGUGCAAUGACAAGAUAUUAGUAAAAAUUAGCCUGGAAGGUAAGUAUGUUGUUGAUUUGGCCAGUGAUAUUGACGUUAGUUUGGUUACUCCAAACACAAGAGUUGCACUAAUGUCUGAUUCAUACAAGUUACAUAAAAUUUUACCCACGAAAGUGGAUCCUCUAGUUGCUCUGAUGAAGGUUGAGAAGGUUCCUGAUAGCACAUACGACAUGGUUGGUGGGCUUGAAGAACAAAUAAAGCAAGUAAAAGAGGUUAUAGAGCUACCUAUUAAGCAUCCUGAGAUUUUUGAUUCACUUGGUAUAUCACAACCCAAAGGAGUACUGUUGUAUGGCCCACCUGGCACUGGAAAGACACUGCUGGCUAGAGCUGUGGCUCAUCAUACUGAGUGUACUUUCAUAAGAGUUAGUGGAUCAGAAUUGGUUCAAAAGUAUAUCGGCGAGGGGAGCAGGAUGGUCCGUGAACUAUUCGUAAUGGCUAGAAGUCACGCUCCCAGCAUAAUUUUCAUGGACGAAAUUGAUAGCAUUGGCAGUUCGAGGGGUGACGGGAGCAGUGGCGGUGAUUCUGAGGUACAACGCACUAUGCUCGAGCUUUUGAAUCAGUUAGACGGGUUCGAGCCAUUUCAGAACAUUAAGGUAAUAAUGUGUACUAAUAGAAUUGACAUUUUGGAUGAAGCCUUGUUGAGGCCUGGUAGAAUUGACCGGAAGAUUGAGUUUCCAAACCCCAACGCCGAAGGAAGGGAGCAAAUACUCAGGAUCCACUCAAAGAAAAUGAAUCUUUUAAGGGAUAUUGACUUACUCGAAAUCGCUAAAAGUAUGUCUGGUUGCAGUGGAGCAGAGAUCAAAUCUGUUUGCACAGAGGCUGGAAUGUUUGCCCUCAGGGAAAGGCGCGUUCAUGUCACUAACGAGGAUUUUCAGAUGGCCGUCGUAAAGGUUAUGAAGAAGGGUGAAGAAAGAGGCAUGUCAUUCAAGAAACUUUGGAAAUAA